AAUAUCUUAUCUUACCUGUAAUGCAAUGGAUAGAAAAGACCACAGACAAGAAUUAAAUACCAAAGACGAGGUACCAGGUAAAGUCAAAAGAGAAGAAGAGCUAGUAUCCCGACCUGAGAAGAAAGGCGCCAGUCAGAGCGAAGAAAUCCAAGAUGACAGAGAGGAAAAGAAAGACAAUUCUGAUUUUGACCAGGAUGUUUGUAGACUUUUGAGAAAAAUAGGAGAAAGAACUUUAAUAUCUUUGUUUGCCAAAGAAAGGGUAACCAUGGAAAUUUUGAUGGAUCUAGAUCACGCAGAUCUUUGUAGACUUGGAGUUAAUACAUUUGGUCAAAGACACAAGAUAUUAAAGGCAAUGAAAGAAUACAGAGAGAAGAAGGAGAAAAAACAGAAGAAGACCCUACGUAAACUUCAUCCAUUCAAUACUACAUGUCCAGGACGAAAGCGGAAGAGUCACAAUCAAACUAGUUAUGGACAUCAAUGCAACAUUGCGAAAAAAAUGAAAGCAAAAAUCCUUAAAGAAUUACUUUUGGUGACGUCAACAGCUUCCAGUAUAAAACCUUCAGCUUCAGUAAUAACGACAGCUUCAUCUUCCUGUCAGACGACAGUUACCCAAUCCUGUCACACCCUGAAUGUGUCAACUACCCCAUCACCUUUACACAAUAAUAGAUCAUCAAUAACUGUACCAACAGCGUUACCAACAACUAACUUAGCCAUUACAACACAUGGUACAACAUCAACAGUAACAACAACUAAAAUGCCUAUAACAACACAUGGAGCAACAGUACCAACAAGUAACAUAGCAACAACAACCAAUGGAUCAACAGUACCAAUAACUAGCAUGGCUAUAACAACAUGGGGUUCAACAUCAACAGUACCGACAAUUAACAUACCAAUAACAACAUGUGGUUCAACAGUACCGACAACUAAAUUAACAUCAAUCACUGGAACAUUGCCAACUACAUUCCCUGCAAUAUCAAGCACCUUAUCAUCUUCCUCAGUAGCAACACCAAUAUGUUCAGCAGCAGUAUUUUCUCAAGUGACUUCCAGCUCAUCCAAUCAGGUUCCAAGUUUCUCAAUAACAAGCACCCCGUCAAGUAAUGUAGCAACAUCCAGUAUUGGGGGUAUUACCGUCUCAAGUCUCGUAACCUCUACCAGUAGUAUACAGAGUACAGUAUCAACCUCGUCGACGAUAACAUCAAACUGUGCAGUUACAGUUACAGUACCUGUAACAAACAAACUAGGAACUCCAAACACAAUCACAAACGAGGAAAACAAUUUUCUACGUUAUUAUCUGUUAGCCCAACUUGGUACACAUGCUCUCAGAUUUCUGUUUGACUCGUUUGUUCCUCCUGUGACACUGACCAGUCACCUGAAGAAAGUACAAGCAACGUUAAAGAAGCGCUGUAAUCCUCAACAGUUGACCGUCUUAUAUCCAG